CAUAGCUCCAGCUAGAGGGUGCCUUUUAGGCUGUUCAAGGUCAAAAUGGAUACAGACUCCAAGGAGGUUAUAUCCCUGGAUGUUCAAGCUCGUGAUGUUUGGAAAGAACUGACAGUGAAAGCAGAGGCAGAAAGUCACCUCCAAAUGCAGGAAUCCGGACUGAAACACAAUAAUCCACUGGCAAGGGAAAUCUUCCGAAGGCGCUUUCGACAGCUCUGCUACCAAGAGACCCCUGGACCAAGGGAGGCUCUCACCCGACUCCGGGAUCUUUGCUACCAGUGGUUGAGGCCGCAUGUGAGCACGAAGGAGCAGAUUCUGGACCUGCUGGUACUGGAGCAGUUCCUGUGUAUCCUGCCCAAGGAGGUGCAGGGCUGGGUGCAGGAGCGCUGUCCAGAGAGUGGGGAAGAGGCAGUGAUUUUGCUGGAGGAUCUGGAGAGAGAGCUCGAUGAACCACAACACGAGAUGGUAGCCUACAGACACCGAAGAGAAGUCCUCUCUAAAGAGACAGUGUCUCUAGGAGAGCAGAUGUCACUGGGCCUUCAGUCCCAGCCUAAGGAGCCCCAGCUCACAUGUGACCCUGCUCAGGAGCCCCACCGUAUCGGAAAGACAGGCACAUUUCUGCUUUGCAAACCUGUUGUCAUCUCCCAGCUAAAAGGAGGAGAAGAACCAUCGUCUCACCCCAGAGGAGUCCUAAGAGGUACCUAUCCAGAUGGAAUGACCAAGACUGAGGACAGAGAGUUGGUGCUAAGGAAAGACUGUCCUAAGAGAGUGGAACCACAUGGGAAAAUGUCUUACGGACAGACCUGGGAGAUAUCACAGCAGGAUCCGCGACACAGAGAAGUUGGUGACCGCAAGGGUGGGGUAGAGAGGCACUGGGGAAACCCCUUAGGAGCCGGACCACACAGAUGUGAAGAAUGUGGGAAGAGCUUUGCUCAGAGCUCAGGUCUCGUUCGACAUCAAAGAGUUCACACUGGAGAAAGACCCUACGAAUGUAAUGAGUGUGGGAAAACCUUCAGUCGGAGUUCGGGUCUUUUUAAUCACCGAGGAAUCCACAAUAUUCAGAAACGGUACCACUGUAAGGAGUGUGGGAAGGCCUUCAGUCAGAGUGCCGGUCUCAUCCAGCAUCAGAGAAUCCACAAGGGAGAAAAGCCCUAUCAGUGCAGCCAGUGCAACAAGAGCUACGGUCGGCGUUCAUUUCUCAUCGAGCAUCAGAGAAGCCACACAGGGGAACGACCUCACCAUUGCAACAAAUGUGGGAAAAGCUUUAAUCGCCACUGCAACCUCAUCCGCCAUCAGAAGAUGCACGUGGUGGCAGAGCUGGUCUAAUCCAAGCUGUGUGCAAGUUUUCCAGAUCACUGGCCAAGUUGUGUGGGGUAGGGUAGGUCGAGACUAGAAAACGCCUUUCUUCCUGUCUCCACUAAGUGUAUUUUGGUCUGGGGACAUUUAAAGAGGUAGGUUUGGGUUUUUGAAGCUGCUACUUUCCCUUUGGUUCCUUUGCGCCUUCCUGUUUCCUACUACCCCCAUGUCUCUUAUUCUCUUUGAGAUGGCUGCUAAACUUUUCUAAUAAUGUAAUAAAUGGCACUGCUAUAGCCAACAUGCCAGGAAGAUCUGUAUCUGUGUUUAAUCCCUAAAGAUCCCAUAGAGCUCUGCUGAUGUUUUACAGUAAAUGGGUCUUUGGUGUUCCCCGUGACUAGUACCUGCAUAGUAAACACCUUUUGUGCCUACUGCUUCCCUCUGACACCUGCGUGAUGCUCCCCUGAGAUAGUGACCAGCACUGGCUGGUGCGUCGCUGUUUUUCAGAGUGCUUCCACUUACUUAACCACAGUUGGUCCUCACAACAACCACACAGGGAAAUGAGUAUUAUCAUUAUCCUGUUUUACAGAUGAGGAAUUGAAGAUUCACAAAACCCAA